AUCAAGGACAAACAGUUCAGACCUUCAAACUGAAUCCGAAUGCGAAGCCGUUUCAGGCAGUGGCAGGGCCACUGGUCUACUAUGUUUCAGGAAAAAACAACGCGGCCAACAAUCAAGUGCAAGCCCAGAAUGCAGGUUUGAUCAAAUCGGGCGCAAGUGCUCCUCCCCCGCAACUAAUCACAGCGGCGAAUCCGGCACAAACAGCAGGAAAUGCAGCUGCGGCUCCUCCUCCACUACCAAUGAUGAUGCCUUCAGUUACUUCAACAACUACUCACGGAAGGACAGCCAUAGCUCCGCCAUCGGCAUACAAUGCUGCACAGCCGACGGCCAGUGCGCACAAGGGUGCCAACUCGGCAUAUGUGGCAACAAGUGCUCAGCAAAUCGCUCUAGCGCAACUUACUCAAGCUAAUCCACAACAAGCACAUGCAGGAGCGCCUCAGGGCAAUCCUGCAGUAUCGGGGCCGCCCGUCUAUAAAGACAAUAGUGGCUAUUGGUAUUACGUCGACCAAAGCGGAGCUGCAGUAUACCUCAGCCAGAAUGUCCCUCAGCACUCGCUGGGUAUUACUAGUCUUUUGAUAGAUAGACAUGAAGUAACAGGAAUUAUGGUAAGCCAUUACCAGCAACUCAUAGAUGGGGCGCCAUUUAUUGAAGUUCCUGCUAAUCAAGUUGUUGCAGGAAGAUCUAUUUACAGCAGAUUCAAUAAGCCGAGAGCGCAGAUUGAUGACGAGGAUCCAGCAGCACAAAGGCAAGACCUAGAUGACAGCAAAUUGAACUAUCCGAAACAAAAGAUCAGACCUGUCGUUCUCAGCAUCUACGAUAAAAUUAUCUCUAGCACUAUCCGCGUUGAUGAAGUCCAAGCUUACAAAGGAGCUCAUCAUGAAGAAAGGAGUCAUUCGCCAACUAAUCCAUGGACAUCACCUAAUAGGCGAAAAACCUUUGUGAGAACCACUCACAAGCUUGACCUUAGUAAUGAAGCAAAAAGUGCGGCUGCCUUCAACAACAAAUAUGCUCCCUUAUAUGAGCUGGAUUCUGAUUCCGUUGCUGACUCGUCCUCUGACUUGAAAAGCAAGAACUCAUCUGACCUGUCGCACAACAACUCCCAGCAGAUUAAUCAAAACCCAUCUUCUGCCAGGUUAAGCUUGAAAGAAGCCGAAAGCGGAGCACAUUUUCAAGAGUCAAAAAAAAGAGGUAUUGCGAAAAAAGCCAAGUAUCCAUCCGGAAUAACCAAGAGGAAAAAAAAAGUGGACGAAAUAAAAAAAUAUGCUGGAGGUACUAGUAGUCGUACGUCUGUUAUCUCGAUUUCUGAAAUUGAUAACUCUCGCAGACUAGCCAUGAAGACAAGCAGAUGCAGCAACAAGAAAAACACUUUCACUACGCCCAUCAAGAUUCAUCCCCGUAAGUUUUGGCAGACACCUUGCACCUUGUCGAAAAUACACAAAAUCGACAAACCUGAAAUGGGUAGUAGAUACGAGCUUCCUCCUGAUAAUGAGGAAAAAGCUGAGAGUCUUCUUCUGAAUGAAUCCACGUCCAAUCCAAAUAGGCGCACGUCAUCAACCUCACACAGGUUUACUCCGACAUGGGAAAGCGAGAAAAUCAAGGGGAAAUAUGCGCUAUUUGCCAGCAACAAAGAAAAAGCAAUGCCAGUGGAAUUUAACGGAAGUCGGAAGAAUGAAGGACUAGGUCAAAUAUGCGCUGAAGAUUUAAUGAAAGGGGACAAUGAGAGAAGAAAUACAUUGCAAACUAGUGUGAAGCGUAGAAAAAAGUGCAAAAAAAGAGUCAGCAUAUUUGCUACUUGGAAAAGAUCCAACUUAGACAUCAAGAACAAGCACGGCGAAAUAAUCAAGAUAUUGCAAGGACGUCGAUGGAAAAAACUGUCUCUAGCCAUUUUCUAUCUGAGCAAAAAAACAAGAUUGGCCGCAAGGAGCAAAAAACGAAAACUGUGGUCGCACUUCAAGAACAAGAACCUUCUUAACAAUGCAGCAAAAACGUGUCUUAAAAAUAAAAAUGCC